CAGCGCUGCGCUUCCUCCGGGACCCGGAGAGGCCUAGUGCUCGCCGCCCCAUGCUGCGGCUGGGCAGCCCUGGCCCGCUGCUCCUGGGCACCCUCCAACCGAGCCCGGGAGGCGGAGAGACGUGGGGGGUCGCGGGGCUUGAAUGUGUCUUCUGGGGCCGCUUCCCCGGAGGCGCGCGGGGUGCUGCGGGAGCCGGGAGGGCUGCUCUGUAGUCCGUUGUCCCCAGGAGCUUGCCCCGCUGCCGGGCGGAGACGCGCGAGGCCCGUGAGGGAGCCCUGGGCAGGCAGCGCGGAACACUUCGACGUGAGCCAGCUGUGGGGGGCUGCUGCGAAACUUCUCCGUAAGCGAAGGUGACGUGCCCCAAAGUCCCCCCCCUUUCUAGCCCCUCGGGUGCGGCCCUGAGCUGCUGGAGGUGAGGGGCUGCUGCCGGCAUCGGAGCCGUGUCCAGUCCGGGACACCGGACAGGUUUACACCUUAUAGGCGGCUGGGACAAUGUUCUACGCCCAUUUUGUCCUGAGCAAGCGUGGGCCGCUGGCCAAAAUCUGGCUAGCGGCCCAUUGGGAUAAGAAGCUAACCAAAGCCCAUGUAUUCGAGUGUAAUCUAGAGAGCAGCGUGGAGAGUAUCAUCUCACCUAAGGUGAAGAUGGCACUUCGAACCUCAGGACAUCUCUUAUUGGGAGUUGUUAGAAUCUACCACAGGAAAGCUAAAUACCUUCUUGCAGACUGUAAUGAAGCCUUCAUUAAGAUCAAGAUGGCUUUUCGUCCAGGUGUUGUUGAUUUGCCUGAGGAAAAUCGAGAGGCUGCCUACAAUGCUAUCACUUUACCUGAGGAAUUUCAUGAUUUUGACCAGCCACUGCCUGAUCUAGACGAUAUUGAUGUGGCUCAACAAUUCAGUUUGAACCAGAGUAGAGUGGAAGAAAUUACAAUGAGAGAAGAAGUGGGCAACAUCAGUAUUCUUCAGGAUAAUGACUUUGGAGAUUUUGGAAUGGAUGAUCGUGAGAUGAUGAGAGAAGGUAGUGCAUUUGAGGAUGACAUGCUAGUGAGUACCAGUGCGUCCAAUCUUUUACUGGAGCCUGAACAGAGCACCAGUCAUCUUAAUGAGAAAGCUAACCACCUGGAAUAUGAAGACCAAUACAAGGAUGAUAAUUUUGGAGAAGGAAAUGAUGGAGGAAUAUUGGAUGACAAACUUCUUAGUAAUAAUGAUGGAGGCAUCUUUGAUGACCCACCUGCUCUCUCAGAAGGUGGGGUAAUGAUGCCAGAACAGCCUCCCCAUGAUGAUCUGGAUGAUGAUGAUAAUGUAUCAAUGGGUGGACCAGACAGCCCAGACUCAGUAGAUCCAGUUGAACCGUUACCAACUAUGACUGAUCAAACAACACUGGUUCCAAAUGAAGAAGAAGCUUUUGCUUUGGAGCCUAUUGACAUCACUGUCAAGGAAACCAAAGCAAAGAGGAAGAGAAAGCUGAUUGUAGACAGCGUGAAAGAGCUGGAUAGCAAGACUAUUAGAGCCCAAUUAAGUGACUACUCUGAUAUUGUCACUACUUUGGACUUAGCACCUCCCACUAAGAAAUUGAUGAUGUGGAAAGAGACGGGAGGAGUUGAAAAACUUUUCUCUCUGCCUGCUCAACCUUUGUGGAACAACAGACUAUUGAAGCUUUUUACUCGCUGUCUUACACCUCUUGUACCAGAAGACCUCAGAAAGAGGAGGAAAGGUGGAGAAGCUGAUAACUUGGAUGAGUUCCUUAAAGACUUUGAAAACCCGGAGGUGCCCAGAGAGGAACCGCAGCAGCAGCAGCAACAGCGAGAUGUUAUUGAUGAACCUAUCUUGGAAGAGCCAAGCCGCCUACAGGAAUCUAUGAUGGAAGGCAGCAGAACCAACUUGGAUGAAUCCGUCAUGCCACCCCCACCACCUCAAACAGGCGUGAAACGCAAGGCUCAGCAAGUGGAUCCAGAGCCUGUAUUACCUCCUCAGCCAUUACAACAGUUGGAAAUGCCACCUGUAGAAAUGCCUCCAGAAGAGCCUCAAAAUAUCUGCCAACUAAUACCAGAGCUGGAACUUUUGCCAGAAAAAGAGAAGGAGAAGGAAAAAGAGAAGGAAGAGGAAGAAGAGGAGGAGGAAGAAGAUGGUACGGGGGGUGAUCAAGAUCAAGAAGAAAGAAGAUGGAAUAAGAGAACUCAGCAGAUGCUUCAUGGUCUUCAGAGGGCUCUUGCUAAGACUGGAGCAGAAUCUAUCAGUUUGCUUGAGCUGUGCAGAAAUACAAACAGAAAACAAGCGGCAGCAAAAUUCUACAGUUUCUUGGUACUCAAAAAGCAGCAAGCUAUAGAGCUGACACAAGAAGAGCCCUACAGCGACAUCAUUGCAACACCUGGUCCCAGAUUCCAUAUUAUUUGAAUGGUUAGAUACAUCAUAGCUAGUGUUAAUUUCACUAGUGCAUAUGUAUUGCCCCAUGUGUAGGGCUCACAAGACCAUUGGAGAAAAUUUAGAUUUUAAUUGUCUGUACAAAGUCCUUGGUUUUCUUUUGGUUUUGGUUCUUGUAUUUUAAAUUUACCACUUUCAUUUUUAGUGACACUGCUGGGGUGGAUGGCUUGAGUUCCAACUGCAAAAACAAGACAAGCAAUUCAAGGACCCAGAUAAAGAUUGUUUUAUUCAGAGCAGAUGUGUGCAAUAUUGGUGCAUGUAAUGUUGAGUGACAAUGAAACUGUCUUACUAUAAUUUGACUAGCUUAAUUCAGUAAUGAUAUUUUUAACCUACACAAGUAAACCUGAAAGGCCAACAUAUUGUCUGAUUAAAAACUUUGCCAAACUUGUCUAAUAUGUUCUGUCUGCUUCUCAUAGUAAUGAAUUUUUCCUUCCCUAGAUUUCUGGGUCUAUUUUCUUCCUGGGUACCAUGGGUCUCUUGCAGCUGCCAAUGUGAAUGGUAGUGCCUGGCAUGUGAACUUUGCUUUGUCAUUUUUGCAGUAGGAUUUUGUAGCCCUUGAUGCUAAAGGAAAACAGAUGUCUAUGGAAAGCACUUCCUAUAACUGAUCCUACUUAUGCAGGAGGACAGAGCAUGUGUAAAACAUCUUAGACAAAACAUUCCUUUUCAUUUAUCACCUCAUUGCGGUCCACUACUGAUAAUGGCUAGCUACUGUUAAUAGGCAGCAAAUAAUUCUAGUAAUUUCAUUUAAAAUUUAAAAUAUCAAUACGCUUUAGGUUUGAUCGAGCUGUACAUAAACCCCAAACUUUUUUAAAGAACAGACUUCUGGAUUGUAUAUUUUCUGACAUUAAGCAGGCCUAUGAAGAUGAGCAUAAGAAGUUGAACAGAUUGCAUAUGUAAAAUAUUGAAUUAAAUCAAGACACAACCUGUACUGAAAGGACAGCAAACUAAAUAUAUAGUACAAGCAGACAUAGUUUACUUAAAGCAACUGUUGCUGUGUAAAGUGUAUUAAUGGCUCUUCGGAUAUAUUUAUAGUUUUAGUAUUGAUUUUCCAAUAAUGCACACUCCUCUGUUCAGAACAUUUUAACAGCUUUGCAAAAUAAGUCCUAUUGGGUUUUACUAUAAAGAAUAAAAGCUUUACUGUUAGGACCAGAUAGUAUCAGAAAUUAUGUGAAUAUGUUGAUUAUGGAAACACGUCUUAACUUUUUUAGGGCAAAAUUGUUCACACUGAAAGUUCUGGUUUUAAUGUUGGCACUUUUGUGAAAUGAUUCUCUUUUGGGACUCUGAAAUUUCAGUGUAUACUCAAGUGUAAAAUUAUGUGAAUGUUUUAAAGAUUUGAGACUACAUAAUGACCGUGUUUUAAUAAUUGUUGAAAAAGUAAAUUGUAUAAAAUAGUUACUGCAGCUUUAUUUUCAACAUAAUGUGCCUGUAAAACCAUGAUUUUCCCCUUUGUAAAAAGACAUUGUAGAUAACUUGAGUGUUUAAUUAUAGAAAGGUCAUUAGUUUCUUGUUACACAUUUUGUUAGUCUGUUUUUUGUUGCUUUUCAAGGUUGAUAUUCUUGAAAAUAGGUGAUGCUGUAUGUAUAACUUUUCUAAUAAAAAUUGUUAUAAGCUGUUA